UUCACCCUGGAAAUCUUGAUGCCUUUCAGUUUCUCUUCUCCAAAAUAGAAAUAAAAGUGCUUUCCGCAGUGGUGUUUGAGGAAAGAAGGGGAAUCUUCUUGAAAGAACAAGGGCACCCAAAAUACAGUAAUUUGACGGAAGGUUCCCAAACAAAACUUGUAUGCAGUCACCUUCCUGUAAAAGGCAAAACCAAGCAAUGGCAAAGUUUAGGGUAUGGAUUUGUUAACUAUAUUGAUCCAAAGGAUGCAGAGAAAGCCAUUAACACUUUAAAUGGACUCAGACUCCAGACCAAAACCAUAAAGGUGUCGUAUGCCCGUCCAAGUUCAGCAUCGAUCAGAGAUGCGAACUUGUAUGUCAGCGGCCUUCCAAAAACAAUGACCCAGAAAGAAUUAGAGCAGUUAUUCUCACAAUAUGGGCGCAUCAUCACCUCACGGAUUCUGGUUGAUCAAGUUACAGGGGUUUCUCGAGGUGUGGGAUUUAUCCGUUUUGAUAAGAGAAUAGAGGCAGAAGAAGCCAUAAAGGGACUAAAUGGCCAGAAGCCUAGUGGUGCUACAGAACCAAUUACUGUGAAGUUUGCCAAUAACCCCAGCCAGAAGACAAGCCAGGCACUCCUUUCACAGCUGUAUCAGUCUCCCAACAGACGCUACCCUGGACCACUUCACCACCAGGCUCAGAGAUUCAGGCUGGACAAUUUGCUUAAUAUGGCCUAUGGCGUAAAGAGGUUUUCUCCGAUCACAAUUGAUGGUAUGACGAGCCUUGUCGGAAUGAAUAUCCCUGGUCACACUGGGACUGGAUGGUGCAUCUUCGUCUACAACUUGUCUCCUGACUCGGAUGAGAGCGUGCUGUGGCAGUUGUUUGGUCCCUUUGGAGCAGUCAAUAAUGUCAAGGUGAUCCGUGAUUUCAACACCAACAAGUGCAAGGGAUUUGGCUUUGUCACCAUGACCAACUACGACGAAGCUGCCAUGGCGAUUGCCAGCCUUAAUGGAUACCGUUUAGGAGACAGAGUAUUGCAAGUUUCCUUUAAAACCAAUAAAACCCACAAAUCCUGAAUUUCAUAUCCUUACUUACUAAAAUAU